AUGGAGGUAUAUGUCGAUGAUAUGAUCGUGAAAUCGGUUUUGGGAUCAAGCCAUCAUGAGGAUUUGACGGAAGCUUUUGGCAGGCUCCGAAAGCAUAAUAUGAGGCUCAAUCCGGAGAAGUGUUCUUUUGGUAUACAGGGCAGGAAGUUUUUCGGCUUCAUGAUUACGUCAAGAGGGAUUGAGAUCAAUCCAGAUAAGUGUAAAACAGUCCAAGAAAUGAAAAGCCCCAGCAGUGUAAAAGAGGUGCAGCGCCUGACGGGACGGAUUGCAGCCCUGUCCAGGUUUCUCCCUCAUUCAGGCGAAACGUCGGCCCCAUUCUUCAAGUGCCUAAAGAAGAAUGCGGCGUUUGAGUGGAGUUCAGAAUGCGAAGAAGCCUUUAAACGCCUCAAAGAGAUGUUGUUCGCGCCACCCGUGUUGUCAAAACCUACCCAAGGCCUCCCAUUGCACUUGUAUUUUUCUUUCAGCGAUCAUGCAAUCAGCUCCGUCAUUCUUCAGGAGGUAAACAGAGAGCAAAAAAUAGUUUACUUCGUAAGCCAUACACUUCAAGGGGCGGAGAUUAGGUAUCAGAAGAUAGAGAAGGCGGCGCUCCCCGUCCUCGUUACCGCCAGACGACUAAGACCUCACUUUCAAAUCUUUCAGGUAAAAAUAAGAACUGAUCUUCCUUUGAGACAGGUGUUGCAGAAGCCAGAUUUGUCAGGGAGACUUGUCGCAUGGUCGGUUGAAUUGUCAGAAUACGGUUUGCAAUACGACAAAAGGGGGAAGGUCGGUGCGCAGACUUUAGCUGAUUUUGUGGUGGAGUUAACGCCAGAAGACAGUGAGAAGGUGAGCAUGCAAUGGACAUUGUUUGUCGAUGGGUCAUCAAAUGACAACGGAAGUGAAGUAGGGGUGACGCUACAAGGGCCUGGGGAGUUGGUAUUAGAGCAGUCCCUCAGAUUCCAGUUCAAAGCCAGCAAUAACCAGGCAGAAUAUGAGGCCCUGAUCGCCGGGCUGAAGUUAGCAGUUGAGGUACAGAUUGACAGUUUGCUGGUUAGAACGGACUCGUUGCUAGUGGCAAACCAGGUAAAUGGGGAAUUCCAGGUGAAGGACCCGGCCUUGAUAAAAUAUCUAGAGCGUGUACGACUGUUGAUGGGUCGACUGCAAGAGGUGGUAGUUGAAUUCGUGUCAAGGGCGCAGAACCAGAGAGCGGACGCCCGAGCAAAAUUGGCAAGCACUCGGAAGCCGGGAAAUAAUGGAAGUGUGAUCCAAGAGACGCUCGCCAAUCCUAGCAUAGAAGGAGAUUUGGUAGCCUCGGUUGACCGCCAAGAAACUUGGAUGGACCCCAUUGUAGACAUCUUGGAGGGUGAGCCAAGCGAAGUGGUAAAAUACUCGAAGGAACAAAGGAGAGAGGCAGGACACUACACUUUACUAGAUGGGAUACUCUUUCGACGAGGAUUUAGUUCGCCACUCCUGAGAUGUCUUCCGCCCGGGAAGUACGAGGUUGUUAUGGCAGAGGUUCACGGGGGGGGGGGUUUCCGCUAG